AUGUGGUCUUCAAUCCCAAUUUGCCUAGCCCUAUUGGGCACUUUAUUCAGUCCCGCGACUGCUAAAGGCCAUCGAAAGAGCUGCAUAAUCAAAAGUGGCGGAAGCAAUGUGACUGAUGAUGCUCCAGCAAUCUUGGAGGCAUUCACAAAGUGCGGCCGAAAUGGAAAGGUCAUCUUCGCACCUACUACGUACUAUAUCAACUCGGUUAUGAACAUCUCCUGGCUGGAGGAUGUUGAGAUCGAUAUUUACGGGAAGCUUCUGUGGAGCACUGAUAUCUCUUACUGGCUCAACAAUUCGAUGGAUGUUGGAUACCAGAAUCAGUCAACAGCUUUGAUAUUUGGUGGUGACAAUGUCAGCAUCAACGGCCACGGAAGCGGCAUUUUUGAUGGUAAUGGUGACUACUGGUAUCAAUGGAUUAGAGAGCAACCGAACACCUCCAACUACCCGGGCCGGCCGCACGCUGUAACUUUCAGUAACCUCACAAAUUCUGUCAUUCGGAGCCUCACCUUCCUGAGGAGUCAAAUGUGGACGAUGUCAAUAAUCAACUGUCACAAUGUGUUGCUCGACAGCGUUCUGGUUAAUAACACUGGAAACUGGGCACAAAGUUCCAAUACUGACGGAGCUGAUACCAUUCGAUCAUCUCAUAUAACUUUCAACAAUUGGACCGUCUACAAUACCGACGACAGUCUCUCUAUGAAGGCCAACAGCACUGAUAUAAUCAUCACAAACAGCAGAUUCUACAAUGGCCUAGGUAUUGCGAUGGGGAGUAUCGGGCAGUACAAAGACCAGUUCGAGACAAUCGAGAGAAUUACUGUCAACAAUGUGGAGUACGACAACACAUUACAUGCUUUCUAUAUCAAAACAUGGACAGCCGAUCAAAAUGGCUACCCACCGAAUGGAGGAGGUGGCGGACUCGGUUUUGCCUCGGGAAUGAAAAUCUCGAAUUUGACCACGACAGGACUUCGUGGGGCCGCAUUCGCGAUAUCGCAGUGCACGCGGUUCUCGGGUGCACCGGGCGAGGGAAACUGCACGAACUCGGAAUUCCAGAUUAAAAACGUGCUUAUUGACGGGCUGAGGGGCACCAGCGAGUCGACACGAUUGGCGAGCAUGCAGUGCAGUGCAGUUGCACCAUGUACCAACAUUACUAUUGUUGACAGCGCCCUGCACCUCAAUAAUGGCACCGUCGCAAAAGAGUAUCUGUGUGGGAACGUCCGUAACCCAGAGGGUUUCAGCUGCACCGGGUCACCGUGUGUGGGUGGAAGCGCCACUGGAGAGUGCUAG